UCUCUCGCGUCCGAUCACUUUCUCGGAUUUUCUCGGCGACUUUCUCACCUACCAAACAGCUCCCUCCGGCUCUUCUUCAUCUUCUGUUCGUAAUCUUCUGGGAUCCUUGUAAUUUCUGUUUCCUUUCGGCGACUAAUCUCUUCUAAUCUAUCACUGUUCUACUGGUGGCAACGAAAACCUAUGAAUAGGCACUAGCCAUGAAGGGGGAUCAUGAAUCUGUAAUCGCUGGUGGCGAAAACUGAUACAAAAUCUGUACUGCCUCGCUUGAUAGAUUUAUGUAUUUCUUUAGGGAAAUAACUCAAGAUAUUCCAUCCGCAUAGAUGCCACUUGCAAAAUCCAACCCCUCUAAUUCCAUGGAGCUGGUGAAGCAAGAUGGAAAUGAUUCUCUCGAUAUGCUCAUCAGGCGGGCUGUUGGAAGGGAGUCCUUUCUUACCUUCCCCAGACCCGAAAAUAAUCCAGUCCAGUUGUUCCAACUUCUCAACGCCUUUGAUCAGCCAGAGCUCCCUGGUUGGCCUUUGCUCACCCCUUUGAAGGUACAAAUGCAGAAGUGUCAGAAGUGCUCUAGGGAAUUUUGUUCACCUGUUAACUACAGAAGGCAUAACCGCUUGCAUCGGUGUUCAAGAAGACCUGACAAGGAUUAUGGCAGAGAUAGGAACAUACUGGGAGCCUUCUGGGAUAAACUCUCCAUAGAUGAGGCGAAGGGGAUUGCCUCAUUGAAGGGCAUGAUGCUGGAGGAAGUAUCUGGGCCAUCUGUUGAGACGGCAUUAAUGACACUUAUCCAGAAACCAGGAUUUACUGCCCUGCCACAAUAUUAUCUUAGAGCUGGUUCUGACCUUUUGGAUAUUAUCCAGGCUAGACAAUCUAGAUUUCCAAUAUCCUCGCAAGAGCUGUUCAAUAUUCUCGAUGAUGCUAGUGAGAAAACAUUUCUGUGUGGUGCUGCUGCAUCGAUGCAAAAAUAUAUUUUUGAUGGGGAAACUGGUAAAAACGCAUUGGAGGCAAAGAAUGUUGCUGCUUGCACGAGCUUUCUUCUGGAACAGAAAUUGAUUGAAGCUUGGCUUGCUGACAAGGAUGCAGAAUCAUUAAGGUGUCAGAAGUUACUGGUUGAAGAGGAAGAAGCUGCUCAAAGAAGGCAAGCUGAGCUCUUGGAGAGGAAAAGGAAGAAGAAGCUCAGGCAGCAAGAACAGAGAGUGAAGGAGCAGAGGACUGAACAGAAAGAAGAUGCUAAGGAAAGUGAGAGUACUACAUCAGAAGAGCAAGAAGAUCCAGCUGAGCCAUCGAGUCCAUUGUCUGUAGUUUCCGAUUCUGAGGCACAAAGACCAGAUGCUAUACCGGGAGAGGAUUCUUCAUCCCUCGAGGGUUCUGAGGCUUUGGAAACCAACGGUGGUGCAAACUGUGAAACUCAAGCAAUGAUUAGCAGCGGAGCUUGUGAUGAUGGUUUGGGCAAUGGCCAUAAUAUGGAAAGGCGAGGUGGUCAGAGGCAAAUGGGCCCUUUUCGACGGUUACUUCCGUCAAAAUCACAACGGGAAAUGCCAAAUGGGUUCCAUUCAAAUCCGGUUUCUCAUAUUCCAAAACCUGGAGGGAUGCUGAAGAAUGGAACUAACAGAGACGCGAGGGUAUCAGCAGCAGCCAAUACUACUAAAGUUUGGAGCCGAAAAGCAGAUAAUCCGAGAUCCAUUUCGCAGGAUGCAGCCGUAACUCUAUCGGGUCAGACUAGGAACAGCAAAGUUUUGAUCGGAUCGAUUUGUGUAACCCUUGGAAACGACGGUCCCUGUGGAGGACAUGACCAAACGGAUUGUGGUGAAGAGGAUGAAAGGACUAAGAAUAUUCAGGCGAAACCUCCGUCCAAGCAAUCGACUGUAAAAAUAUGGAGACCGGUGAGCAGGCAUGGGACCAAAGCCUCAAAACAAGUUGAAAAUACCGACAAAGAGCUCGAGCCAAAUAUGAUUCUCCGUCGAAGCAACAAAGGCAAGAGUGCAACUCCCGGCGAAGAUAAGAUCACGAAAGCCCACGCUGCUCAUCAUGGAAGCUUGCAGUUUAACAGUCGAGAAGCGAAGGCAUUUCUUGCACAGAGAUGGAAAGAGGCAACCUUAGCGGAGCAUGUGACGUUGGUUGUGUCCCAACAAGGGUGCUAAGGUAAACAAACAGAGGAACACAGAAUGAGGAAGAAGCCUGUCGUCGGGGAACUCAAAAGGAGUGUGUGAUCAUUCUUUGCUUUUUUUUUGGGUAUAUACUGAAGUGGACAUGAUUUUAGAGAAAUUGAAAAGGCUUAUGUAUUUUGCUACUUGCAGAGAUUUUCACAAGGGAAAAUAGAAAAAGGACAAAAAAACAAAAAACGGAACAAGAUAAUUCCUCAUUCUUUGCUUUUCUGCUUUUCAUAAGGGCAAGGCAUUGAUUUCUGUUCC